UGCCCCCCCCAGGGGGCGCGCUCUUCCUUAAGGGAAACCGAACCACGUUUCCCAAGAUGCCCUGCCGUUCGUUGGCUCGAAGCCCGACCGUGGAGGCCUCUGGGAGUAAUGAGAUUUGAAUCCUGACAAUUCUGACAUCCAGACCGCAGAGCGAGAGGUUGAGUAGGGACCCCGCUUGGUGUGUUAUCCAGGGUCCUCGAGAGCAGAUUCGGAAUGGGGAAGCGGUACUUUUGCGAUUACUGUGACCGAACGUUCCAGGACAAUCUUCACAACAGGAAAAAGCACUUGAAUGGGGUGCAGCAUUUAAGAUCCAAGAAAGUCUGGUACGAUCUCUUUCGAGAUGCUGCAACCAUCUUACAGGAGGAACAGACAAAGAAACCCUGUCGGAAAUUUUUGCAAACAGGCCACUGUGAUUUUGGCUCCAACUGCAGAUUUUCUCACAUGACGGGCGUGGAUCUCGAGAAGCUGAACAUGCAGGUACAAGGUAAGAGAAGGGUGACGUGAGAAACAGGUUACAGAAUGACA